UUCAUUUAUAAAAUUCAAAAUUAAAAAAAAAAAGUGCGAUGAGAGGGAAAGUGCGAGCGAGCUUUGACGGAGGUGGAACGCGCGGCAAGGGGACGACACAGCACUGGGAGAGAUUCGAACACAGAGGAAAGAAUCGAUCAGCAUAUGAGGGGAAUGUUGCACGGGGAAACAGAUCUAGGAAACCAGACAUUUGGGGAUACGAUCGACAGGUGUACAACCAGGCCACUGUGUUUUUCUUUACUAACUUCCCUGAGGAUUGGAGUCAUGAAAGCAUGUGGCGAACUUUUCAUAAAUAUGGAAGAGUUCUGGACAUAUACAGCCCUAUGAGGAAAUCAACAAUGGGGAGCAGAUUCGGGUUCGUCAGAUACUUAGAUGUAAGAAAUGAAUGGGAAUUGGAGCUGCAACUGGAUCAAAUCCGAGUGGGGGAGUACAAAAUCUGGGUCAACAGACCAAGGUUUACAGAAAAUGAAAGCCACAAGAGAGCAAAUGCAGGGCAUGUGGAGUUAGGAAAAGCUGGAGUGCAAAGAACUUAUGCAGAAGCGGUGAAAGGAAACCUUGAAAUCCGAUCAGAAACAGAGAAAGGGAAGCAAGCAAAGGGGGAGAAGGAGUAUAGGCAUAUGCGGAUCACUAAAACAAAUAAUAUUCCGGCACAGGCGUGGAGAGCAAAGGAUAAGAUAAUUCCGACCCUGCAAGAAAAAUUCUUCAUGGAGGGUUACUUCUCAUGCAAAGUAAGAGCAAUGGGGGGGCGCCUGGUCCUAUUGGAAGGAGGAGAUAAGGAGGAAAUCAAAGAUCUUGUGGAGAUAGCCCCAGAAUGGUUGGGACAGUGGUUUAUAGAGAUCAAACCAUGGAACUCAGCAAUGGUUGCACAGGAAAGGUUCGUUUGGCUACGAUGUCAAGGAGUUCCAGUCCAUGCUUGGGGUCCGAAAGUGUUUGCUACAAUCGGCUCUGUGUGGGGAAAGUUUUUGACGCUAGAUGACAGCACUAGCAGAAAAUUGAGAUUUGACAUAGGGAGGAUGUUGAUCUCUACCCCGGUGAUGGACUUCAUCUCCAAAAGCAUAAGUAUCGGGGUGAACGGUGAGCCAUACACAAUCAAAGUAAUGGAAGAAGAGGCCACCAAUGGAAUCUUUUCCAUGAAAUCCGACCAUGUUCUCAAGGAUAUGAGCGGAUCUGACGAUGCUAGCUCAGAAUCUUGGUCUCUUGACAAAGAAUCGGAAGAUGAAGUGGGUGAGGCAUAUCUCGAUGGUGGAGAUGCAGAAAGUAGCCGGAACAAAAUCAAUAAGAGUAAAGACGAUGCAGAGGAUGUGGAAGCAAGAGAGGAGGCGUCGCAAGUUGCGAAAACCAGGGAGGAACACUCAUCCUACCGUUGGAAACAUGAGCGCCAAAAUUCAAAAGGAGACCAUUUUCCAACGGUGAAUGACAGCCCAGCUAAUGCAGAUGAUUCCCGAGGCAAUCUACAAGCAAAUAGGGAUGACAAAAUCCAAGACUUCUGCAACAACAAUCAUGAAGGAUCAACAUAUGAUGUGGAGUUGGUGCCGGGUAGUUUAAACACUCAGAGAUUUCAAAAAAUGGAAAGCCACAGAAAGAAUGAAACCACUAGGCCUUUAAAAUUGACAAGCCCAGCGGAGGUUGAUGAGUCUUGGGCCAACAUUGCUUCGAGGCCUACUAAACAAGCCACAAAUGGAAUGGGAGACAGAACUUCAAGUAGGGAGAUAAGGAACGAGAAUGCAAUGUCUAAUGGGUCAGCCCAACUAGGGAACGAAAAUGCAAUUAAAGGGUCUUCCUUUCGGAAUAUUCGAGAAGCAGAAAGAGACAGAGCAGCUUCAACCAACCUCCACGACGAUGAACAAGAGUCCACUUUUUGGAAGGGGUUCGAGAGUGAAUCGGGGAACGAGCAAGAAUGGAUGGGCAGAAGGCAAAGGAAACCGAAGCGAAGCAAAAAGAAGAAAAUCAGAUCGUGUAUCUCAGUUUACAAGGAAGAGGGAAAGGAGAAACAAGAGAUUAAGCCGGAUAAGAGGAAGAGAGCAUCAAAGGAGCAAGGAUCGAAGGAGAAGAUGCCUAUAUUUUCUCCCGGAUCCCAAAAUCAGGUGGCAGGUGAUUCAAUCAUUGACAGCGGUAUUGAAAUCAGGAACGGGAGUCUACGCAGAGAUCUAGAGCUUUGUACUGCAGAAAGGAUCUGGGCGUUUGCAAAGGAAAUUGGCGUGGGAGUCCGGGACAACGAAACAGAGGUGAUCCAGAGAUUAAAGGAAAUGGAAGAUCGUGAUAGGAGGCUGAUUAAAUCAACAAAGAGUGGAGUCAGAGAUCUAGUUGUGAAAGAGAAAGUAGAAUUUUUGGCCAUUCAAGAGUCGAAGCUAGAAAUGGUUGAUUAUCAAGUGUGUAGAACUAUAUGGGGUGCAGACAACUUUGAUUGGGUAGCAAAGGCAUCUAGAGGAACGUCUGGAAGGUUAAUAUGUAUCUGGAACAGCGACUUACUGAAAAAAGAAAGUAUAAUUGAAGAGUUGAUGUCAGAAGUGGGUGGAUGUUGGUGUCUGAUGGGUGACUUUAACGCCAUUAGAAAUGUGCAAGAGUGGAAUGGAGGGAGAUCCAAUAGAAGGGAUAUGGUAGAAUUUGACGAGUUCAUCAGGGAAUGUGGCUUAAUUGAUCUCCCUCUGAUUGGCCGUAAGUACACAUGGUAUCAACCCAACGGAGCAGUUAUGAGCAGGCUGGAUAGGUUUUUGCUGUCAGAGGAUUGGUGCCUUAAAUGGGGAGAUAUCAAACAGUGGGGGCUGAGAAGAACGAAAUCAGAUCAUUGUCCAAUUUUGAUGAAAAAUCUUUCAAUUGAUUGGGGUCCUAAACCAUUCCGUUUCUUUGAUGUGUGGCUAGAUUUACCAGGGUGUAUUGAUCUUGUGAGGGAGGUGUGGAGUGCGACAACAACCUCAGGUUGGCAUGGUUAUAAAUUAAAAGAAAAGCUGAAAGAAACAAAGAAAGCACUGAAAGUAUGGAGUAGAAACAUGGCUUCGGAGACAGAUUCAAUCAUCAAAAAAUGUGAAGACUCCAUUGCUGCUAUUGACUUAAAAGGCGAAGUGACUUCUUUGACUGAAGAUGAUAUACAGACAAGGAGGGAUAGCUUCCUAGAGUUAUGGAAACAACAAAGAAUAAAAGAGGGCAUGUGGCGUCAAAAAGCUAGGAAGGCAUGGAUUAAGGAUGGGGAUGCCAACACAAAAUUCUUCCACAGAUGUGUCAACGAAAUCAAGGAAGGCGUAGCCAACUAUUUCGAAAACCUGUUUGCAGAAGAAAGGUGGCAACGCCCUCAUCUGGAUGGGAUCGAAUUCAAGAAAAUCUCUGCUGAAGACAACUCGUUGUUGCUUGCCCCUUUCAACGAAGAAGAAGUUAAACGAGCGGUGUGGAGUUGUGAAGGAUCUAAAGCACCAGGACCGGAUGGCUUUAAUUUCAACCUCAUCAGACAGAUAUGGGAUGUGAUCAAAGGUGAUAUGAUGGGCUUUGUAGACGAAUUUCACAAAAAUGGGAGGUUGGUUAGAGGAUCAAAUUGCUCCUUCAUUGUGCUACUACCCAAAGUUACUAAUCCCCAGAAGAUCGAGGAGUUUAGGCCCAUAUCCUUAAUCGGUGUAAUGUAUAAGGUGAUUGCGAAGCUCCUUGCGAACAGAAUCAGCUCAGUUCUGGACAAUAUCAUCGGUGAAUGUCAAAUGGCUUUUAUUAAAGGAAGGCAAAUAGUAGACAACAUCGUAAUUGCCAAUGAAACAAUUGAUGCAGCGAAGAGAAAUAAGAUUGCCAGCUUUGUUUUGAAAGUAGACUUCGAGAAGGCAUACGACAAGGUGUGUUGGAAGUUCCUGGAUUACAUGAUGUCGAGGAUGGGCUUUGACUCUAAAUGGAGAAGGUGGAUAAGUGAAUGCUUAAAGACAGCAGAGACGUCAAUUCUUCUCAAUGGCAGUGCCACUAGACAAGUGAAAAUCAAUAGAGGCCUGAGACAGGGAGAUCCACUCUCACCCUACUUAUUCUUACUGGUCGCAGAAGGUUUAAAUGGUAUCAUUUCUUCAGCAAUCAAUCAUGGACUAUUUGAAGGAAUCAAUAUUGGCAAUAGGGGUAUGAUAAUAUCUCAUCUUCAGUUUGCCGAUGAUUCAAUUCUGUUCGGUAAGGCCAUGGAGGGUAACAUUUGGGCAGCAAAGAGCAUAAUGAGAAUUUUCGAGCUGGCAUCGGGAUUGAAGAUUAAUAUCCAGAAAAGCCAACUCUUGGGAAUGAAUGUAUCAGAGGAAUCACUUCUAUGUGGAAGCCCUUGAUUGAGAAUUUUGAGAAGAAGUUGAGUUCAUGGAAAGGCCGGCUACUCUCCUUUGGUGGAAGGAUUACUCUCCUCAAUGCUGUGUUGUCCAGCCUCCCAGUGUUUACCAUGUCCGUUCACCUGCUACCAAAAGGUUUGAUUCUUUCUUUAGAUAAAAUUCGUAGGAAUUU